ACCGAUGUGGACAGACGCCUGUGCUCGCCCCGCAGCUGUAAAUAUGUUUUUUCGACGAAUAUUGUUCGAAUUCUGCAAAGUGAAGAGAUGAAUAAGUUCACACUCUUUCUGGUGUUCUUGUGCGGGGCAAUUUUCGCGGGUUUGGUGUCUCUGAUGCACAGUUCAUGGCGGUUCUACGCGUCCUCCGAGCUGGCGAUGGUGUCCUCCCUCGGGGCCAUCCCAGCGGGCUCGGACUUGGAGCUCAUGGACGACGGCUACGUGGCCAUGGCCCUCCUCGGCGCGCACGACGAGGACCAGGCCGUCUCCAAGAAGCAGACGACGGAGCUGGAAGACAGGCAUGCUGAGAUAGAGGCAUUAAAUACAUUAAAAGCAGCACAAGAAUUGGUACACUCAGGAAAAAGCGUUAGAGCUGGUAGGCUUUUGGAGCAUGCCUUUUCCUUGGCACCAAGGCACCCAGAUGUUCUCAUACAUUAUGGAGAAUAUUUGGAGCAUCACCGCAACGACAUCGUGCAAGCAGAUAAGCUAUACUUAAGGGCCUUGGCUGUGUCUCCUGCUAAUUCAAGGGCAUUAAGAAAUCGACGUAGAACUAGACCUAUUGUUGAUGAUAUGGAUGCAGGGAUUUUUAGUCGUAUUGAUGGCAAGAGAGAUGAUUUAGCGCUAAUCCCGAGUUCCUCAGCUUCCCUGAGACGCAUUAAAAAGGAAGCCUACUUCCAGUACAUUUACCAUACAGCAGGCAUUGAGGGAAACACCAUGACCCUGGCACAGACUCGGAUGAUCUUGGAGACUAGACUCAGUGUUGGAGGGAAGAGUGUAAUGGAACAUAAUGAGAUCUUGGGCCUGGACCUUGCUCUCAAGUAUAUCAACAUGACCCUGGUGCACAGAGUUGGCCGCAUAACUCUGCAUGACAUUCUGGAAAUUCACCGAAGGGUUUUAGGUCAUGUUGAUCCCAUUCAAGCUGGCCAGUUAAGAACAACUCAGGUUUAUGUAAGUGAUCACGUUCCACCUCCACCAACACACUUGCAAGUUCUUAUGGAAGACUUUGUGCAGUGGCUGAACUCACCAGAAGCUCAGAGACUCCAUCCAAUCAAAUAUUCAGCUCUUGCUCACUACAAGCUAGUGUUUAUACACCCAUUUGCUGAUGGAAAUGGAAGAACAGCAAGAUUAUUAAUGAAUUUUCUGUUAAUGCAGGCUGGCUACCCACCUGUAAUAAUCCGUAAGCAAGACAGGCUCAUGUAUUAUGACUGCCUACAAACAGCUAAUGAAGGCGACACUCGGCCAUUUAUCAGAUUCAUUGCACACUGCACUGAGAAGACAUUAGAUGUGUAUUUGUGGGCCACAAAGGAAGCCUUACCCAAAAUAGGCCAGGAAAAUGAAAGCAAAGGUGGAGUGAAUAACUUGAAAAAAGACCACCAGGAAAAAGAUUAUGAAAUGGCCGAUAUGAAACCUAAUGUUGACAGUGAGGAAGUCAAAAAGUUUUCCUUUGAAUCUGUUGAUGACAUUCCGCCAUGGCAAGUGGAAGAAGAGGACUAUAAUGAGAAAGAACUGUUCAGCGGAGGUCAGAGUUAUAUACCCACAAACACUGAAGAUGACAUACUUAAGGAAGGUUCUAGUCAUAGGUCAGAAAGUAGUGUUGAUCAUGAGCAUGGUUUUAAGUUAUGGUUUGCCAGUGACGAAGAUCAUGGAACAGUAAGUGGAACAAGGAGAUAUGGGAGGGUGCUAAAUGAACAAGCUUUGUUUGAAGAAGUUACAAUAGAAGAUAAAGUACAGGACAAAAGGGACCUUGAAGAUGAUGAGAACACUAUAGCACGUGGUCUUUAGUAAAAAUAUAUUUUACAUUUUCUAAGUAUAUAUUGAAUUAUUAGGAUUUUUAGACGUCUGGAAAUUGUACAUCCAUACUUGCACAGCAUAUAUGUAUAAAGUGACAAUAAUAUAUAUAUAUUUAUUUAUUUUAAAGAAAUCUUUACAAUAUUGUUGAUAGUACUAUACCCUAACACACAAACCGUAGCAGGUUUGAGUGCACAAUUUAGAAUAAGUGUCAUAUUUGUUGAACUAGUAAUGUUUUUAUGUUGAGGUUGUAUAUAUUAUACAACAGUAUUUAUAUUUUUGAGCAUUCAUGAGGGAUCUAUUUAUUAAAAUGGUGCCCUGUUAACUCCCACUUAAGAAGAAAAAUAAAUGUUGAUAUUAGUAAAAUAAAGAUUUUUUGUAUAAUAUAUAUAGAUAUCAUACUAGUGCUCAAGAAUCAUAUUAUGAAAGUAAUGAAAGAAAUGCUUAUGCAGUAUUUUACCCCAAUACCCUUUCAAGAUUUGUGUAGUUUUAUCAUUUAUAUUUCCUUUUCUUUUUUGUAUAGCAAUAUAUUUUUGGAGAGAUUAUUUACAUUUUUAAGUGUGAGACAUGCCUGAAAUUUGAUUCUACUGUUUUCUUACAAAUUAAUAUAUUUAUUUUAGAUUGUAUCUAUUCUCUACUAUUUAGAAGAAUUUAGCAGGUCUCCACUGUUAAAUGUUAUUCACUUGAUACCGGUACAUGUGUUUUUUGCUUUAGUCGGGCAUUUCCUUAUAAUCUUUCGUGAUAUUGAUCAGCAUUUAUCAUGGCUGAUUACAUAAGGCUAUAGGAAAUUGUUAUCUGUUGAAUCCGUUUUUCUGUUCUAGUUCAAAAAGAGAAAGAAAAAUAAAUAGAUAAAAAAGUAAGGUCUGAUAUGCCAGAUUUGUUAUUCCAAAAUGCUGUUGCUCCUUAUCCACACCUCAAACUCUCUCCUUUGGCUUAGAUAUUAGUAAAACUUUUGCAAUUUGAGCAAAAUGUUCUUUGAUAACUGCCUACUUUUUUAUUGCAGAUGAAUGAAUAUAUUCAUGAUAAUCUGAAAAACCUAGAUAGCAUAUAUUCUUGCAAAUCUUAGCACUUUGCAUCAAAACUAAUAUACUAGUCCAAAUUUAUUAUUACAUUGCAUGAAACUUGCCUUCAAAUAAUUUCUUGAUAAGGACGGAUUUCUUAACCUGAAGAAAGAAUUGAUGUUAAUAAUGGGAUAAACUCAUUAUUAACAUGGCAUGAUGACAUUCAUCUGGCUUGUUCCUGUGUUCAUAUUUGACACUAUUAUUCUUACAUGUCUGACACAUGAAUACUGAAUGAUACCAAGAUUUAAUAUAUUAACCAUUCACGUUAUAUUCUGUAGGUCUGCAGUUAAUUUAAGAAUACCAGAAGGUGAGGGUUGUUUCUGUAAGAGUAACAAAUGAGGCUUGAUUUGACCAUAAAUACUCUACCAGGCUUGGAUCUAGUAACAAACACUGGUACCUGGACACCAAAAUGUGGUUCUUAGAGAUCACAUUCUUCAUGUGUGUUUACAGAUAAGAUGGCUCAGUGUGUGGCAUUUUACCUCUUACCAGCUUUUACAUGGCAUGGUCAUUUGGAUGGUUUGCCUCUGGUUUCUCACUUUUGCAGCCUUUACCUGUCUCACUGUGAUUUAGCAGGUUUGUCUGUGUGUGGGUACUGCUCCUUGUGUGGAUGGAGCCGUAGAUGGAAUGAACUUGCUAUUAAUUAUGUAAAAUGUGUAAUUUGGAAACAAAACUCAAAAAACUCUUUUAUACAGGUAGAUACUCAAAUAGUUUAUUUUCUUAUAUGUAAUGAAUCAAACAUGCAUUAAAAAUUUAUAUGUCAUGUAAAGGA